CCUCGUGAUGGGGGAUGAACAGCAAGUGGUAGCCAAGUGGGAUUACAAAGCAAUCCAGGCAGAAGAGUUGGGCAUCAAGAAAAAUGAAAAACUGACUCUGAUAGAUGAUAGUAAAUCGUGGUGGAAGGUGAAAAAUGUUGAUGGGAGGGAAGGUUUCGUGCCUUCAAAUUACGUGGACAAAGUGAAAAAACCCAAGGGAAUCUUUGAACGAUUUAUAUCCAAGAAACAAGUCAGCAAGCAUGAGAAGAAGAGCAGUGACCAAAAAGUAGAACUUGAGUCGCAUUCUCAUCCUAGCUCGGACGGUGAUGCCAAUGGUGGCGCCACAGACCAAAUUGUGUGUAUGGCUGUUGUAAAAUUUCAAUAUGAGGCACGGCGUCCUGAUGAGUUGUCUCUUGGUAAAGGUGAACAGGUUGCCGUUAUGGAGAGGUCGAGUGACGGGUGGUGGCGUGGUGAAUGCGGUGGCCAUGUUGGAUGGUUCCCUUCAAACUAUGUGAAUGAGACGAGCGAUGCACCCAGCAAUUUAAAACCAAGCCAAGAUGUUAACCGGCCACCUGCUUUAGGGAGAGGCCCAGUUGAACAGAAUGUUGCAUACCCUCGCGACUUUGUCCAAGCGGUUGAGGCUUUGUAUACUUUUCAGGCUAGGAAUGAUGAAGAACUGCGUUUUGAAGCAGGAGAGCAUCUGGACAUUAUAGGAAUGCCUGAUAAUGACCCAGAGUGGUGGCAAGCGAGAAACGCCAAGGGGGAAGAUGGACUUAUACCGAAAAACUAUGUGCAAGUAAUUCCUGGUGGUGAACCAGUCUAUGUGGGACCCACCAGCACUGUACAGCAGAACUCGUUUAGUAUAGCUGCAGAGCUUGAUAUUGUGAAGACUGGGCCAUACGCUGACAAGGAUUGGUUUGCUGGUAAAAUUACCAGAGAUAUGGCGGAAAAUAUUCUAAAUGAGCAUACGGUGGAUGGUGAUUUUCUGAUACGAGAGAGUGAAACAAAC